AUGACUAGUUUUGGUAUAUUGAUGUCUGGUGUCAGUAUAAGUCAGGCCAUGCAGAUGUUCAAGCACAUAGUGUGUCCAUAUGCAAAAUAUGGAGUCUACACAAUUUGGAGCAACACAACAUCAAAGCUGGUUCAUUUUGAAUUGCUUCAGGCCAAUGAAGUUGGUAGCAGUAAUUUCAUGAAAAUGGAGGGAGCAAAAAGAUCUUUUAAGUUUCUUGAGAAAUCUGUGCUUACCAUGGAUGUUUUCAUCAGUGACAGGCACAAAGGGAUUGCAAAGUGGAUCCGAAACGAAAAAAAAGAAACAAAGCACUUAAAUGAUAUCUGGCAUGUAAAUAAAAGUAUUGCUAAACAACUUAAGAUGGCAGGCAAAGAGAAAAGGUGUGAAAUAAUCAAUGAAUGGUUGGGUGGUAUUCGCCGACAUUUGUAUUGGAGUGCUCAGACUACUAUACUUGGUUUUGAAGAGCUUAUCGUUGCUAAAUGGAAAUCUACUGUGAGACACAUGUCUAACAAGCAUGAUAACCACCCCGAUGCAUUAUUCCCAUCGCGUGCUCAUGGUCAGUUCCCAGAGCGGAAAUGGAUACCAAUAGGAACUAUUGCAUAUGAUAAGAUAUGCUCUAUCCUACUCAAGCCAAGCAUUUUGAAACACAUCGGCAAACUUUCACCAGAUGGCGAGACUAGUUGUCUUGAAGGCUUUCAUUCCACCAUGAACCAUUGGCAUCCAAAAACGACUCAUUUUUCAUGGCUUGGAACAUUUUGCAGACAUGUUAUUGCCAUACUUCAUUUCAAUGAAAAUGUUCAUCGUGAGUCGAAAAAAUCAAAGGAUGGACAAGUGAAUAUGUUGAACAAGUAAAGAAUGUUCUUUUCAUGUUUAAUAAACAAGAACUUUCAACUAUAAUGGAAAGAUAUAGAGGAAAAGCACCCGAACCUUUGUGCAGCCAGUUUCCCACAAAGCGAUCCAAGGCUGAGGCAAUAAAAAAAUAUGUUGCGAGGAACAAGCAUGUCAGUCAUGCACUUUAUCCGUGCUGUAAGUAUGGGAUAAUGGUAUUGUUUACAAUUAUUUUA